AGACCGUCAAAUGAACCUCAUCAUUAUCACACACACUCCAACCGCCGAUAGCCAUGGACCAGACCACGAACUCCAAGAAGCUGAUGAUGUUCCGCACACCCAACGAGGAGGAGGCCCUAAAGAACCAGAUAUUCAUCUUCAACUCGCCCAUCGACUACAAGGACGAGCAGCUGAUCGUGUACCAAAAGCCAGGCCUCCUCACCGGAGACAAGGACUACGGCUACUGUGUGGUGUACAAGCGGGAUCACUACGUGCUCAAUAAUCCGCCCAACUUCAAGAGUCCCACGAAGAGGAGCUUCCUCAACGAGUGCAUCCGCCAGUUGUAUCUGAUGAACGGCAUGGGUCACAAGAUGUACUGGAGGACCACAAGUGCGAUGGCACUGAGUACGCCGGGCGAAGUGUGGCACCAGGUGAAUAGUUGCCUGCUCCCGGAGCGACUGACGGCCCAAAAGGAGAGCCUGAAGCGGGUGAAGAGGCAACUUUUCCGGGAGCCCCGAGCAGAUCGCAAGAAUCCGAAGCCACUUAAAGGUAAAUGCUGGGGCACACAAGUCUUCUGCUUCAAGGCGAUGCGAGAGAAGAUUGGCAGGAAGUACAUCCGCAGGGGCUACCUGACCAUUGCUCGCCGAGAAGCCCUGCAGGAGAUGAUCCGGGAGCAUUUGGCACGCGAAAUGGUCUGCACUCCGGCCGCCUGCAGAACGGUGAUCAGCGCCUCCGACGGAAUCUUCAAUGUGAAUGCCGGCGUCAUUGGGGACAUCUGCAGCUACCACAGCCACGCGGCACGUCACCAGCCCGUCGUGGAGGGCCGACUUACGGCCGGAGAAGCGCGUCUCCGGAGCAACGAGGCCUGUCUACUGACCCAGCGGGCCAAGCGACUGGAGGCCAUGUUCAUACACGAACAGGUGCGACGGGCCGUCCAGAACCAUCAGCUCAUCCUGGAGGAAUCGGUGCGAUCCAUCUACUAUGCCAAGGAGCUCUUCCGCCUGAUUGAGGAUCACGAGGAAUUCGUCUAUACGGACAACAAGAUUCUGGGCAGGAUCUGAUGGGCCUUCUUGACUGGCAUAGCCACUACUUGUAUACACAUAUUUGUAAUUAUAGAAAAUUUAGAGAAUAACAUGGAAACUACAACAUUAU